AUGGCCAAAUCCAAAGCAGCGGCCAAGCGCAAGCGCAAUGCGCAAGCGGAGUUGCCGCAGAAAGUCCCCAAGGCUACCAUAUUGACUCCACCUCCUGACAGUGCAAGCAUAGAACCGAAGCACCUGAAUACUGUGGUGGCGGAUGAAGAUCUCGAAAUCACAAUCGACACCCUCAAGACCCUCACCCAAUUCCCAAGCUUGACUAAGUCGAAGGCUUGUAAGGACCUGCGGGGUGCCGUCUAUGACUUUCGUCAGGCCUGCACUACGGGCCUGAAUACCGCUGAGGGCGGCAAUUUAACAGCACGGAUUAGCGGUGCGCUGGCAGACAAGAAGUAUAUCGAAGCCAAAGUACUACUGGCCGAGAUGAGGAUAAGGGGUGAAAUCCCCAAGAUUGGCGCACUAUGUCGCUGGGUCCGUGAUCUAGACGUCGUCAGUGGGUUAUCGACACAACCUGGAGUCGUCGAUCGGGUCCCACUUCACCGCAGCCCUGAAGACGUCGAGCUUCUCAGUGUCCUCGAUGCAAUUGUGCGUGUCAGCACGCCCAUUGAUGUCAACCCAGACGCAGUCGACUCCACGUCUCCCAUCUCCUUCCAGUCCAUCUGGGACCUCCGCCCCUCUGCCUCCACGCCACUCCCCAUCUAUGCCUCCGUCCUCGAUAAAACUAUACUAGAACAUGCUCCGAAGUCCCCCAACGCCAUCCGAAUCAUUGAGGAAACACCUGGCCCUCUCCGCAAGCCCCCAAACCACCACCCCGCCAUCCUCUAUACCACCCUCCCCAACGCCAUCCCUCUCGACCCCGCCGGCCACCCUAUAACAUAUCACCCGCACCCUUCAGUCCCAGGCCUAGGCAUCGCAAUGAACGUACUCUCCGAGGGAGAAUGCAAGGCUAUCAUCGCUGCCGGCGAGUCCGUCAACUUUAUCCCAGACGCUCCUCUCCGCGAAGACGGCGACAUGAGCAUCCUCGCCCACAACUUUUACUGGGUCAUUGACACGGCCUUCCACGACAUUCUCUGGUCUCGCAUGGCACCUUACGUGCCGCCCUCUGUCAACGGGCGCCCAGUGCGCGGAAUCAACCGUCGGUUUCGGGUAUACCGAUACGUGCCAGGGGCCGAGUACCGGUGCCACAUUGACGGUGCGUGGCCGCCGUCGGGAAUUCUCCCAGAUGACACAUAUGUCUACGACUCAUCACCGCCGGAUCGGCGGCAGAGCUCCAUGUAUACCUUUUUGCUGUACCUGAACGAUGAGUUUGAGGGCGGCGAAACAACGUUCUUUAUGCCUGCGGCGCGGGAGGGAACGCUCAAUGCUUACCCGGUACGACCGGUGAUGGGGGCGGUGGCGAUCUUCCCGCACGGAGAGUCUAAUGGGGCUCUGCUGCAUGAGGGCACGGGAGUCAGGAAGGGUGCGAAGUACAUCAUUCGGACUGAUGUGGAGUAUGAUGUGAAGCCGUUGGAAGAAUGA